AUGAUCGCUAACACCAUUGCGUUUUCACAGCCGGUCGAGAAAAUAUAUGAUGUAUUACUGCCUCCUAGGAGUGAUUUAGAUGAUGUGUUGGCAAUCCUGUUCACAGAUCCAUGUUGUCCGAAUGAGGAUGAUUUCAAACUUCUUGCCGCUCUUAAUUGGCUUAAACUAAAUCAUUCUGACUACAGUGGUGUGGUGAUAUCUCAUGAAAAUAUUGCUCAGUAUUCGGAACAUGAGCCACCUGUUACAGUUCUUCAUCGAGAGUCUGACGAGAGGACACCAGCGGAGUCCAUGUCUGUGCAUGAAGUUGAUGAGGAACGGGGUACUAAUGAAGGUCAUUGUCCUUUUGCUGUGCAUGGUUUAUCCACCACUGAUGUCGCUACUAUGUCGUAUAAGACUCGCAUUGCGACUGCAUUGCAAUAUUUCAUAACGGUGGUGCUCGUGAAGCCGGAAAGCAUAUACCAUAACAGCGCAUUGCUUCCAAGUAUGUUUCUGUGGCUGUUUCCCUAUGGCCUUGGCAGGCUGGAAAAUUCGCUUAUAAAGGCUCGCAUUGGCCGUGGUGAGCAUAUUCGAUAUUUGCUCACUUACAUUGACCGUCACUCUACUCGAGGUGGUUAUCUAUUGACAGAGCAUCGCAACUUCUGA